GUGUCAAAGUACCUUUUAUACGCUUUCGUCUCCUACUCCUUGAACUGAUCUUGAACGACUCUUUAUUCCUACUGCGCAUACCUACAAGGCGCGUUUUCCUUAUACAGUUAUCCUACACGGUCCUAGUUCCAGACCUCUGAGACUUGCGCCCACGCUUUACUCUAACAGAUUUGACCCUGCGAGACAACAUACAUGCCGCACCGUCCAGGAGUGACGAUAACUGCCACGACACUGCUGCUAGAGCUCUUGCCUUUGGCAGCUGCACAUGGUCAUGGCGAUGGAAUGGAUAUGAGCGCACAUGAUGCGCAGCCAGCACAACCACAGGAUAAUGGCUUCGGUGGCUACUGGAGUCUUUCUGAACACGCUUCGCUUAUGUAUUGGCAUAUUGGCCUUGAGAUCCUAGCUUGGGUGGUGGUUCUGCCAGUUGCCGUCAUGUUCAGCGUUGCGCGCUCGCGCUUCACGCUACUUAUGCAAUUAGCCUUCCUCGCAACAAACGCCCUUGCCCUCGUGCUCGGCAUCAUAUACGACCACAAGACACCAGAAAUGUACGAAGGGAAUGCCCACAGCAAGACAGGAUGGGCCAUCACCUGGAUCGCGUCGGCAUGGGUAUUUUUGGCCCUGGUCCAGGCCUACGCCGGAAGGUCGAACACGCAGUCAAUCGAAGACGAAUUCACAGAGCCAAUGACAACCGUGAAUAUGCUCAGAUAUCAGCGCGUACAAAACCAGGAGCUUCCAGAUCCGUCCCGCUGGUCGGACGACUCAGGACAUGGUACCGAGCGCAACUCACUCUCGCUGCAUGAUGGCUCUCAAUCCCCGAGUGUCGAUUCGGAGAGCCAGUUUGUUAACCCAGCACGGAGGUAUACACACGACGAUUCUUUUGGCGACAGUGACGAUGAGAAGCGCGGCUUCCUACAUAACACCCCUGUCGACAAGUUUUUCUCUCGCAACGUAGCUCGCUUUGCCGUCGGUCGGACCUUGAAAGCGAUUCGAAUCUUGUACGUUGUCGUCGAGCGUACCAUCUUAGUCCAAGGAUUUUUGGCCAUCGUUAGCGGUGCUGUUGUCUACGGCGGCAUUGGAAGAGGUGGUGCCAUCUUCAACGUCCUGGCCCACACAGUAAAGGGUGGCAUCUUCUUCCUCUACGGGUUCCUUACACUCGGUCGAUGGAUGGGUGCAUUCGCGGAUUUUGGGUGGGCAUGGAACGUAAAGCCGCCAAAGGAGGUUGUCGGUCGUCGGCGGGCGGCACUGCCUUCGGCAGAAUUUACCGAGUCAUUCGUCAUCUGGCUUUACGGCUGUACAAACGUGUUCCUAGAGCACCUGGCUGCGUGGGGCGAUGCAUGGACUGCGCAGGAUCUGGAGCAUGUCUCGAUCUCUAUAAUGUUCUUUGGUGGAGGUUUGUUGGGAAUGUGCAUUGAAUCGACCAAAGUGCGAGAGCUCCUAAACAGCGGCGUUGUCGCCUCGCAGGCAGCCUCGGUGCAGCACGAAGCGUGGCAGGAGCCUCGUCAAUAUCGGUUCUCGAUGAAUCCUUUGCCAGCGUUGAUUAUCAUGCUUCUCGGCAAGAUGAUGAGCUCACACCACCAGACCUCGAUGGUUUCGACCAUGAUACACUCUCAGUGGGGCAGCAUGUUCAUGGGCUUCGCUCUUGCGCGUGGUGUCACCUACAUCACCCUCUAUAUUUCACCACCCACCUCAUUCCUUCCAUCUCGUCCCCCAACGGAGAUUGUGACGGCAUUCUGUUUGAUUGCGGGUGGUGUUACCUUUAUGGUCAGCAACAAAGAUACUGUUGCGGCACUUGAGUCAUACAACCUCGAUGCCAUGUUCAUUUUUACGGUUGUGAUGGGUGUUACUGCGCUCCUCAUGGCCUGGACUACGGUUCUUAUUGCUAUCAAGGGCUGGGCCUUGCGCAAGGAGAGCAACGGUCAGUACAUGAAGAGCCAUGCUGGAGUCUUGGCCUAGACGUUUGCAGCAUUAUUCCUGGUCUGAUCGGCUGGUACAUCCACUCGGACUUGGAUUUCCGGACUUUUCAUAUUAUACCCUCUUCUUUCCCUUUUUACGGCCUGGAUGGAUUCCCUAUUCAUGAUAUCACUGCAGUAUACCCUUCUCCUAAGAAUGGUGACGACCUGGAUUGCUGCAUUUACAAUAUUAUGCGUUCUGCAUAUGGUGGUGGUAAUGUAAUGGCAAUGGUUUGGAGCGACAGAGUAAUGCCGAGGCCUGGCGGGCCUGGCGAUUAGUAGAGGUCGGAUCAACUGCGACUGUAAAUAUAUUCGUAGCAUCUUUGACCAAGCAUUGUCGGAUAUUUGAGCUAAUCAAGUAUGGGCCUUGUCAUUUUCAUGAAUACUGUACUCA